GCUGUGACGUACCCCUCCCCUCCGCCAGUGCCGCCGGGACAAUGUGGCGGCUGAAAGCGAACCAGAGCGAUGAUGUGUUUGACGAGGAGGCCGAUGAACUGCGGCUGUCGAGGAACGAGUGGAAUACCUGCAUGGGGCAGAGACUGAAGGAAGGUUAUCGGGAUGGGGUUAAUGCUGGCAAAGAAUCCACUUUACAGCAAGGUUUCAAUAAAGGUUAUCAAGAGGGUGUAAAGAAGAUGUUGAUCCCUGGACAGAUGAAGGGAUUUCUGAGCGCACUGCUGUCGUGGUGUCACCUCAACAGAAAUGAUCCUAACCUCGUGGCCAAAGUAAAUCAGCUCCUUGAUGUUGCUACCCAGCAGGAGGAACGUAUUUUUAGAAAUUUGAGUUCACCCCCUAGGGAAACUAGUGUUGGUGAUGUGAUGGAAUGCAUUGAGGACAUGGGUUUGGCCACUGGACCAGAACAGCCAGAUAUGGAUAAUUCCAAUGAUGCUCAAACUGAAAACGACUGCCACAGUGCCAGUGAUAUCAGAAGGCAUGAUCUUCGAAUGAACAGUCCUGGUCUAGUACACCGUGGAUGCUGUAGGACUGCAUCAGGAAUUGAUGAAAUGGUUAAGCAGCUCUAUCAAGACUGUGUUCUCUUAUUGAAAGACUAUGAAAUACCAAUAGAUAUGGCACCGCAUUUUCAGUUGCAACCAUAACUGUGUCAGUAAUUGAGUGCAAUGCCUUCUGGGUAUUUUUUGUUAAAUGGAAAUAGUUGAGAAUGCUAACUAUCUGCUGAGAUAUUUGUUUAAAAAUUUAAUAAACUAUUUGGUUAUGCUGUGUGCAAGAAGAUAAGAAAAAGCCCUUCUGUCAUGUUUACUCUUACUCUUUACUUAUCCUUUGUAACAGCCCAUCCCCAGUGUCUUUACAGACAUAUGAAUGGGGAAUA